AUUUGUGAGCAGCGCCAAGGGAAAGGGGCUGUUUGCUACCCAGCUGAUCCAGAAGGGGGAGACCAUCUUCGUAGAACGGCCCCUGGUGGCUGCACAGUUUCUGUGGAAUGCACUUUAUCGCUACCGAGACUUCCAAAAUGUUUAUUGAGCACUCACUAUGUGCCAGGCACUAUUCCACUGCUGUAAAAGGAUAAACGUGGCCGUCUCUCAAGCCACAUUGUCAUGUCUCCCUCAGCCUGUGACCACUGCCUUCGGGCACUGGAGAAGGCAGAGGAGAAUGCUCAGAGGCUGACCGGGAAGCCAGGCCAGGUUCUGCCUCACCCCGAGCUGUGCACUGUGCGCAAGGACCUCCACCAGAGCUGUCCCCACUGCCAGGUGAUGUACUGCAGCACAGAAUGUCGGGUGGCAGCUGCUGAGCAGUACCAUCAGGUCCUGUGCCCAGGCCCCUCCCAGGAUGACCCCCUGCAUCCUCUCAAUAAGCUGCAGGAGGCAUGGAGGAGUGUUCACUACCCUCCUGAGACUGCAAGCAUCAUGUUAAUGGCCCGAAUGGUGGCCACAGUGAAGCAGGCUAAGGAUAAGGAUCGUUGGAUCAGGCUCUUCUCCCAGUUCUGUAAUAAAACAGCCAAUGAGGAGGAAGAAAUUGUCCACAAACUCCUUGGGGACAAAUUCAAGGGCCAGCUGGAACUUCUGCGGAGACUCUUCACAGAGGCCCUUUAUGAGGAAGCACUCAGCCAGUGGUUCACUCCUGAUGGAUUCCGGUCUCUCUUUGCUCUUGUUGGGACCAAUGGCCAAGGAAUUGGGACCAGCUCCCUGAGCCAGUGGGUCCAUGCCUGUGACGCUCUGGAGCUGAAGCCUCAGGACCGCGAGCAGCUGGAUGCCUUCAUUGACCAGCUGUACAAGGACAUCGAGGCAGCAACUGGCGAGUUCCUUAACUGUGAAGGAUCUGGCCUCUUUGUGCUUCAGAGCUGCUGCAACCACAGCUGUGUCCCUAAUGCAGAGACCUCCUUCCCAGAAAACAACUUCCUUUUGCAUGUCACUGCCCUGGAGGACAUUAAGCCAGGAGAGGAAAUCUGUAUCAGCUACUUAGACUGCUGUCAGCGGGAGCGCAGCCGUCACAGCCGCCACAAGAUCCUCAGGGAGAACUAUCUGUUUGUCUGUUCCUGCCCCAAAUGCCUGGCAGAGGCUGAUGAACCCAAUGUGACCUCAGAGGAGGAGGAGGACGAAGAGGAGGAGGAAGGAGAGCCAGAAGAUGCAGAGCUGGGGGAUGAGAUGACUGAUGUAUGAUGUUCCCCUGCCUGGAAAGGGCUCUACCCCAGACCCUGCCGGAAAAGGGGGCCUUCCCCCAGAGAAGAGGCUUGGAAGGAACUCCCCACUCCUGUUGCCUGCUUUCCCCCCAUUCCAGCUGUUUCUGCCAGAGGGUAGGACAGAGACUGGAUCCUAGGCCCUCCACCCCUCACCAGGCCCCAUGCCCUGGACACUGCUGCUGAGUGGCUUAGGCUCUGUGCUGUCACUGAGCCUCUCAGAACUGGCCUUCCCCUUCUCCUCCACUCCAGGGUGUGAGCGGCUGGAACCAAGGUCAGGGUCUAACAAUGUUUCUUCCCCUUGCCCCCAUGGCCAUGCUUACCCACCCACCUGAGGCUUCACCCCUCUCCACUUGCUAUGGAAGGAUAACAAAGUGGCAAUCUGAGAACAGCCUGACUUCACUGAAGAAGAAAGGAGGUGGGGUGAAAUGCCCUCACCUUCUUCCCCUCCUCCCUCCAUUGUAGCUGAUAAGGCCACUUUCUGACCACUAGCACACCUGGAAGAGGCAGGAAGGGGGACAGGGCCUCCAGAGCACCUUCACUAAGCCUCUCUGCCAGGGAAUACGGAACCAGGGGGAUUACCUCCCUCUCCCCACCUCACCACCCCCAGCAUUUGGACACCUAGGGGAGUGGAGAUUAACCCCUUCCCCAGACUCCAGAAUCUCUGUACUUUGUGCCUUGUCCCUCAGGCCCUGGCACAGUGGCUGGCCCCGUGGGGUAUGGAAGAGGCCUCUGCCUCCCUCAGGAGGGGCAUGUGGGGGACCAUCACCUCUUCCUCACACCCUCUCCUGUUGAGGACUCUAGCAGCAUGGCUGAGACCUGGCGGAUGACAGACCUGUGCUCCUUAAUGUGGGAUGCUCUAGAGUCUUCCCUGGGACCGGUUUAACAUGGGUCAGUGAGGGGCUCUCCUGGCCUCAGUCUCCAUCUUUAGGGUCUCCACAGAGGAAUGUUGAAGUCUUCCAGAAACCUCGACGAGCUGGGCUAGAUACUCUGAGAUUAGCCCUGACUUUGUCCCCCUCCCCCAGAUAAGCACGACCCCUCACUCUUGGGUUGGAUGCUGUGGGAGUUAUAACCCAUCACUCGCAAUUCCUUCCCGCCUACCUUCCCUGAGGGGCCUGCUGUGUCCCUCUGCUGAGGGCUCCCCGGGAGGGCAGGUGCUUACCCCACAGGCCCUUUCCUGGAUCUAGAGCCAGGUGGAGCAUGCCUGUCUGGCCUGUUGGGUUCUUACUCCUUCACACCUCUCACCAGCACCCCUCCCACCCCUGCCUGCCCACUGUUCUCAAUAAAAUGUGAGUGGUGA